CAUAAACACCGUCACUGAGAUAGUCUGGAUAGAUAACAGAGUCAUUGAGUCAUUCCAACAGGCGGUAUUGCGAUAACGUUUCGCGGUUCCCAAACGAAAAACUCUUACUUAAUCCUUCUCCUUCCGCAACUUUCUCGGUUUUUCAAACGCGAUAUAUAGUAAUAUUAUCGUUUUUGUGUUAUUGUUGAAUUUAAUUAUCAUUCGUACAUUUCAUCCGGCACUGCACGUCGAUAGCAAACGCGUAAGUACGACGCUUGACAAAUGCGUUUUCCAGAGCCUGACGACGACGUACGAUGACCACAGUAGCACCCGCCUCUGAAGACACCACUUCCGCCUCUACCGUCGUCACUGCUGCCUCCAACGGCAAAGGACACAUCUUGCACGAUGGUCCAGCAUAUUCGUUGGCGCUCAACAAGGAGCACACUCACGUGGUGGUCGCCGGCAGGAAUGUUUUCAAGGUUUUUCUCAUCGAACAAGGAGGCUUCAAGGAAUGUGUCAACUUGCGCUGUGGAAAAACAUCAAGUGUACAGAGUUCGUCGAGCAUGGAUGUAGCUUGGAACCCGGCAGACGACAAUGUUUUGGCAACUGCUACGACAGGUGGUGCGGUAGUUACAUGGAACUUGAAUAGAACAUCCAGGAAUAAACAAGACCACAUUUUUUACGACCACCGGAGAACUGUAAACAAAGUUACAUUUCAUUGUGUUGAACCCAAUCUGUUGAUGUCUGGCUCUCAAGAUGGUACAAUAAAAUGUUUUGAUUUGAGACUUAAAGAAGCUCCUAAAACUUAUUCCAGCGAUUCAGAAAGUAUUAGAGAUGUUCAGUUUAGUCCUCACAACAGUUAUGUAUUUGCUGCGGCUUCAGAAAAUGGCAGUAUUCAAAUAUGGGAUACAAGAAAGGCCGAAAAGUGUCUGAAUAAGUUUUCUGCUCAUAAUGGGCCAGUAUUUUCUUGUGAUUGGCAUUCGGAACUUCAAUUUCUAGCUACUGCCAGUCGCGACAAGUCUAUUAAAGUUUGGAAUGUUACAAAUAAACCUAUUGCUGAGUACACGAUUAGCACUAUUGCCCCAGUCGGACGAGUUAAGUGGCGGCCUUAUCGUAGAUAUCACUUAGCGUCUAGUGCUUUAGUCUUAGAUUCAGCCAUUAAUGUUUGGGAUGUCCGUAGGCCGUACAUUCCUUAUGCAUCAUUUGCUAAGCACACAGAUGUAGCAACUUGUAUUGCUUGGAAAGGAGAUCCUUUCGUACUCUUAUCCACAAAUCGAGAUAGUACUUUGCAUCAAAAUUUUAUAAGUGAAGCAGACUUGCCCUUAGAAAGUGCUAACCAACAAGGUAUGGCUAUCAAUAGAGAUGGUGAUCUAGUAUUUUGUUGUCCGGUUAAUUUAAACAAAGUUGAAAUUCAAAAGUCUAAAGAAAGUUCCCGAAAGACUUCAACUACAACUAGCGGCGAAGAAGAAUUAAACACAUCAAGUGAAAUGAAUGUAUUCCGUGAUCCAAAAAUUAUCAUGUGUUUAUCUGAUGAAACAGAAUGUAUCCAAACGUGUGCUAUCCAAUAUAAACUUAUAGGAAGAUCAAUAGGAGAACUAUGUGACCACAACGCUGGUGUCGCUUCCAGUGUUGGAAGAACAACUGUUUUUUUGUUUUGGAAUGUCCUACGAAUACUGUAUGAUCACCGUGUGUCUCUUAUUGCUCUAAAAGAAGAUAUAAUGAGUAGCUCAAACAUCGAAAGUAGCUUUGAUGGGGACAACCAUAUUGGGUCCCUCAGCGAUGAAGAUGGUCUCAGAGGAGAUAAACCUUACCAAUUGGGAGAUUUCUAUUUUGGCAAUGCGGAAAUUGAUCCUUUAGAUGCUGAACAUGACCAAUUUGACUUCAUAGGCUUACAGAUGGAUAGCAAAACUGUAGAAGAGGAUAAUGAUUGGGAAGUACCCGUAGAAUCAAUAACUUUAAGACAUGAAAUCAUACACGAACCAAUUGUUAACGAUCCCUACAUACCUAACUCAGCGCCUUCAGCAAACAAAUUAAAUAACCGCAUAACCUCUGCACCGCUAUUGCGAAUAACAUCUCCUGCUAAAUUUGACAUGUGGAAUCCGUCAGAAAUUGUUGCCAAAGCUCUUCGCCAUCAUGUUGAUGAAGGUGAUGUACAAACAGCGGUCUGCGCAUUAAUUGUUUUGAGUGAUGAAAUUAGAAAUGAACUAACCCAUCCCAGACAUCCUUGGCGUCUUUUACAUGCUGAAAUAGAAUCUUGGUGGUUAAAUUAUCUCGAAUUACUAAAAAAAUUCAAAUUGUGGUCCUGUGCUACGACGGUGAUCCAACUUUCACGCAUUCGUAGUAUAUUGCAACUGCACCGAACAUCCACUUCAGUUAAUUUGACUUGUGGAUGGUGUUAUAAAGGUUUGACACGAAAUAGUCGACGCUGUUACAACUGUCAACAUUCUGAAUGUGCUAAGUGUGCAUUAUGCCAAAGGAUUGUACGUGGAAUGUACGCAUGGUGUAGAGGUUGUGCACACGGUGGUCACAUUGCACACAUGAAACAAUGGUUUAUGGAGAAUAAGUACUGUCCAACUGGGUGUGGACACAUGUGUGAAUAUUGAUCUCGUUAAAAUUAUUAUAAUAGUAAUUUGAUGAUUCUACUGAAGCCUGAAGAUUGAAGAAUGUCGUCAAUGUCAACUAUUCAUUUAAUCUAUAUUAAAAAUGAAGAAUGCUAUGGAUUCCAAAAUAUAUUUGAAAGGGACAGCGGCUGCCUUAUUAUAUUAGAUUAUUUUUAUGAUAUAUAAUGUCUUUAUCACAGUUUAUAUAAUUUGUAUUUUUAUCAUGUCCUCAAUAUUACGAACAACAGUACAAUUAAUACACACGUCCUGUCAUGAAUUGUUUUUCAAACUACAUAAGAUUUCUUACUGAAAAAUAAUCAACUAUUUUAUAACUAUAGAUACCAUCACAAUAGUUAAUAAAAAUGUCACUAUAAUGGCAUUGAUAAAUACGCAUUAUUAUAAUAUAUUUAAUCAAAUGCUAAUGCCGUAAAUUUUAAUUUGACAGCGAAAUAUUAUAUUUCCAGAAUAAGUAAUUAAUAACUAUACAUACUUCGGCUGCAUAUACUGGAUUCCAUAAGUCUGCUUUGAAUACUGCAGGAAACCUAUUUAUAUUUUAAUAACGUCUUACUACCUAUUUGUUAUGAAUUUAAAAAAAAGUUUAUUUUAUAUUUUGUUAAUAAUUAUAUUUGGAUUUUCGUUGGCAUGAUUCAUUAAGUAAUGAUUAUAAGUGUAUGUGUAGUAUCGAGUACCUCACCUAUAUAAUGUUAUCAAUAUUACAAUAUUAAUGUAAUAAAC